UCACUGAUUGUAUAUGGUCACCAGAAGUUUUCUCUAUUGAAUCUUAUUUGGUACAAGAACGUCAACCAGUACUCUAUAAACUUUAUAAUAAACCAAAACGCUCAUUUGUAAGGGAGGAGCUUCAAAUUUUUCCUCUAGAUACUAUGUUACCUCCGGAGUAUAUUCUUAAGCAUUAG